CUCUCUCUGUUUUAAUAUCACCACCAUUACUUCAAAAUCACUAAAAAAACAAAUAUCUUCUCUGUAACACUUUUCAAAACCCUAAGUUUCAAAUGAUCCUGAAGAAAAUCUCUUUCUUCUUUGUUUAUGUUAUGAUCUAAAAGAAGCUUUUAUUUUAGUAGUGUUGGCUCAGAUUUCAUCUCCGUUGUGUUUGUUUCAUUGUUUAAGAGCUUCAUUUGAAUGAAGUGCUCUGUUAUUGUUACUGUUGAAGAAGAAGGUUAAUAUUCUCAAAGUAGACAUUUUUCUUUCUGGGUUUUCCUCCAUUGGUUCAUUUUCUCUAUACCAGCUGCAGAAGAGAAACCACUGAAUCCAAAGGAAGAAGAUGAAGAGCUAGGAAAAAAAGGGAGAAACGCUUGAGGAGGAAAAAUAUUGUAUUUUUUUGAAGAGUUUGAAGGAAUUUAUAUUGAAGAAUAGCAUCUAAUCUCUAUGUCGAUUACUACAACAGAAGAACAAUCUGUGAGAGAAUUAGAUCCAUUGUUGAAGGAUUUAAGUGAAAGGAAACAUGAUUUCAGAAGAAAUGUUGCCAAAUUAGCAUCUGAACUUAAAGAUGUUAGAAAUAAACUUGCUUUGAAAGAAGGAUCUUUUGUUAGAGAAGCCUUAAGUAGACAGAAAGCGGAGACAAAGGCAAGGAGUUUGGAGGACGAGAUUACCAAAUUACAGAAGAACUUGGAAGAAAGUAAUGGGCAGUUGCAGAAUUCAACAUCCACAGCUCAACAGUACCUCAAAGACUUGGCUGAUUUAAGGAUGCAGCUCUCAGAUACUCGAGCAACAGCAGAUGCAAGUGCUGCUGCUGCUGAAUCAGCUCAGCUUCAAUGUGUUAAUCUAUUAAAAGAAUUAGAUGAGAAAAACAAUAUAAUCAAAGACCAUGAGGAUCACGUCCGUAGGCUGGGAGAGCAACUGGAUCAUCUACAGAAAGACCUUCAGACAAGGGAGGUUUCGCAGAACCAACUUAAAAGUGAAGUAUUGAGAAUUGAGCAAGAAAUUAUGCAAGCAGUUGCAAAAGCUGGAGCUAGCAAGGAGUGCGAGCUAAGAAAAAUACUUGAUGAGGUGUCGCCCAAGAACAUUGAGAAGCUUAAUAAGCUUAUAGCUGCGAAGGAUGAAGAGAUAGUGAAACUGAAAGAUGAGAUGAGGGUUAUGACUGCUCAUUGGAAGCUAAAAACUAGAGAACUGGAAGCACAGUUGGAGAAACAUCGGAGAGCUGAUCAAGAUCUGAAAAAGAGGGUACUGAAGUUGGAAUUCUGUCUUCAGGAAGCUCGAGCACAGACUCGGAAGCUGCAGAGGACUGGAGAGAAAAGGGACAAGAUUUUGAAGGAACUCAGAGAUCAGUUGGCUACAAAGCAACAAGGAUUAUUUGGAGGUGGUGACAAACAGAAUUUCUGGGACAGCUCCGGUUUCAAAUUUGUUGCUUCAAUGUCGAUGUUGAUCCUGGUAGUGUUUUCGAAACGGUGAAAGCUUUAUCAAGUUAGCGUCAUAUAUGUAAAGGAAAUUAGGGACCCCAACUGUUAUCUUUUAGUGUAGGAUUAAGAAGUUUAGUGUAGAGGUAGAGCCUCAGUUGAUUGUGUAAAAAAAAGGGCAGUAGUAGUACGUAGUAGCCAUUAGGAUCGAUUUUUUUAUAUUUUUUUUACUAAGUUAGUAGGAUACUAGGAUCUAUCUCUGGUUGUGUAAUCAACAUCAGCUCUAGAACCUGUUUCCGGGAAAUUUAGAUUUUAGUUUUUAGCACUACCGCAGACGAAAUAUAUCUAAGUCGUUGGUAAUGUGUACCUCCAGAUUUUAAGAAGAAUUUUUGUUUCAUUUCUU